UUGAAGCAAGUGUGACUAUUCGCAAGAUGUUCAAGAUUACGUUCGUGCUAGCAGUAGUCGUGAUGACGACGGUCACUGCCCAGUACGGUGGCCAAGGAGGCUUCGGGGGCCCGGGAGGAGGCUUCGGCGGCCAAGGAGGCUUCGGAGGCCCCGGAGGAGGCAGCUACGGCGGGGGAUUCGGAGGCCCAGGUGGCGGAUUUGGCGGCCAGGGAGGCUUCAACCAAGGAGGAUUUGGACAAGGUGGAUACGGCGGAGGACCGGGAGGUUUCGGUCAAGGAGGCUUCGGACAAGGAGGGUUCGGAGGACAGCCGGGAGGUUUUGGUCAAGGAGGCUUUGGGGGACUCGGGUUCGGAGGCCAAGGAGGUUUUUAAUUUAGACGGUAACCUCUAAAAACCAAGGACUUGAAAUAAAACAUUGUGAUAGUAACAUAUUAUAUUAUUUAAAAUUAAAU